UUUAAUUGAAUUCCUCACGUGGAGGAAGUCAACAGAAAAGAGGGGCAGCAGAGCCUCAUUGGGUCAUCAACAUCUGGAGCAGAGACAACCAUCCUGUUCACACAUUGUUGACAGCAGAGCCACCAUAUGAGCAGAGUGAGGCGAGGGGGGGGCAGAGACAGAUGAAGCCUGACAUUCAGAGCCCACGGGUUAACAGACGAGCUCCUCUUCAUCAUGUGGGACAGCACAGGAGGAGAAUCAGAGGAUCUCUGAGCCUUCACAGGCAUCACUUUGAACUAAAGCCCGACUCAGUGAGAACACUUCUGUUCUUUGUGUAGGAGCUGAACGAGUGCAUGAUGAACGCUGCUGUCAUACUGCUGUUAACAUCAGGCUGCUUCACCUGGUCUUCAGCUUUGUAUACCCCCAACAGAGCAGCAUCCAAUAAGCUGAAGUAUCUCCUGGAGCCUCCGGUGUACGCUGAAGUCAUUGGACGACGGGGAGAAAACGUGACUUUGCCGUGUAUCCUGAGAACCAAACCCAGCCAUUACAAAGUCAAAUGGACAAAGCUGCAGACGGAACAUGUCGGAAAGGAGAACAUUAUCAUGAUAUCGAAUUCACACGCGUUCAAACGUUACGGCCAUCUCGGCCCGAGGGCUGCGCUCAGGAACGCUCACUCCAUGGACGCCUCGCUGCAGCUCAGCCACCUCGAGCUGGAGGACGGCGGUUCGUAUCGUUGCGAGCUCGUCAAUGGCAUCGAGGACGAGAGUGUGGUCGUGUCUUUGAGGAUUGAAGGUGUGGUGUUCCCGUAUCAGAGUCAAAAUGGACGCUAUAGAUUGACUUACCAGGGAGCUCAGGAAGCUUGUGCAGAGCAGGAUGGUAUUUUAGCCUCAUUCAGCCAGCUGUACAGAGCUUGGACCGAGGGGCUGGACUGGUGUAAUGCAGGAUGGUUAGAUGACGGCACCGUUCAUUACCCCAUCAUUGAGCCCCGCCCUGCUUGUGGAGGACAGAUGCUCCCCGGUAUUCGCAGUUAUGGACCCAAAGAUAAAAAACUGGAUCAGUUCGACGCUUUCUGCUUCACCUCACAGACGUCUGGCUCCGUCUCCUACAUUACGGGCUCUUUCUCCUUCCAGCAGGCUGAAGACGCAUGUAACCGCCAGGGAUCCGAGCUGGCGUUGGUCGGUCAGCUUUACUCCGCCUGGCGUUUCCAGAACUACGACCAGUGUGACGGAGGAUGGCUGAAAGACGGCAGCGUGAGGUUUCCUAUCAGUAACCCCAGGGAGCGCUGUGGAGGCAUCCCUGAGGCCGGCGUGCGCUCGUUUGGAUUCCCCAACAAGAUGAAGCAUCUUUACGGCGCCUAUUGCUACAGAUAGCCCAAAAUAAUCAGAACAAUCCACAUUAUGUGUUUCAUGGAGAGGACACUUUAUCACCUCGAUACGGUGUGAUCACUCAGUAUGU